AUGCGCGUGAAGAACCCGUGGAGUCGCAAGCGAUGGCGCGGGCCUUACUCCGUAGAAGAUACCCAAAGAUGGACACCGGCACUCAAGGAGGCCGUGAAGUACGACCUGGAAACAGCCAUGCUCAAGGACAACGGUGUCUUCUGGGUGGACUUUGCAUCCAUCUUCCAGUACUUCAAAAACGUCUUCAUGAACUGGAAUCCGAGCGUCUUCAGCUUCAGGUUCGUGAUGCACCUGCGGUGGCCGGUGAACAUGGGUCCUAAGAACGACUCCUUCAACCUCGGCGACAACCCGCAGCUAUCGCUCUCCGUCAAGAGCAGCGCGAAAAAUGCCGUUUCGGGGGCAUCCGGCUCGGCGAUGGCUGCCGCGGCGGGAGGGGCGGCAGCGGCGGUGGCACGCACGCAGUCUCCAACCGUGUGGGUGCUGCUGAGCAGACACGUGACGGUGAUCGAGUCCGACCCGGCAGAAGGCGACUUUUUGACGAUGCACGUCUACGCGGGCACGCAAGGGAAGCGAGUCUACUACCCGGACACGCCAAUGUUCAAGGGGAUUUACACCAACAACCCUCACACCCUCGUCAGAUUCGACUUGCCGGAGAAUACGGGCUCCACGGACAAGUGGGUCGAUUACACGCUCGUGGUCAGCCAGUACGAGAAGAAGAGAGAAGUCAGGUAUUCCGUUAACGUCUACUGCUCGGACACCUUCAAGCUGUACCAUACUCCGACAGCUCCCGAACACGCGCGGUCUAUCGUUGGCGCAUGGGAUCAAAGCAGUGCGGGGGGAGCACUGGGGAGACCGCUUUUCUACACCAACCCACAGUACGCGGUUGUGCUCACACAAAAAACAAAGGUCCACAUCGAAGUCAGGGCACCCAAAGACUUUCAGAUCAACGCUACCGUGGUGUCGCAAGGAGGAAUGCGGAUUGACUCUGUCUCGAGCGAGCGGGAGGUGAUGACGACGGGCUCAUACCGGCAGGGUUUCUGUUACGCGGAAAACGUUCUGCCGGCGGGAACGUACACUGUUAUCUUCAGCACCUACAAACCGGGCCAGGUGGCGGGGUUCGUGGCAAAGCUGUGCACGACGAGUCCGGUGAGGCCCCCUACCCGCAUCCCACAGGAGGGGGAAGGCAUGACAUCUAAGCAGGUGGUGCGCGGGCGAUGGAGACAAGAUGAUGGCACGGCAGCGGGCUGCGGCAACUUCGGCAGAUACCUCGAUAACCCAAGGUAUCUCUUCACCGUACCGUCCCGAGCGUCGAUACUCCUCCGCGUCGUAAUCCCAGAAAACGCGGGACCCUUCCCCGAGGGGAGGCCCGCGGUCAACAUCACGCUCUUCCCAACCACGAGGGAGGGGGGGGGUGAUAGCACCGCGGGACCCCCCGAGGAUACCGGCGGCAUGCACCGAGGUGUCGGGAGGAUUUCCCUCAACCCCAAGUGUCAACCGACUUCCAACCUCGCGAUAGCGUCGUCGAAUGGAGGGGUCUACAUGGACUCGAGCGCGGGGGCCGUUACGGAGAGCGUGGAGGUUGAGGCCGGGGAGUACGUAGCCGUGGUGUCGUCAUUUAGGCCACAGAAGGCCGACUACGAAAUCACCAUCUACACGACCCCGGCACUCGCCAGGGUGCAGCGGAUCAUGGGCUGAUCUGGUCAUCAGAUGGCUGUUGGGCGCCGAUUUAGCUUUGUGGCGUCUUUUGCCGUUUAAUGCGAUCGAUUGCUGAAAUGUAAAAUGCUUGCGUUUGAAAGAUUGAUAUAGCACUUCAGAUAGUCAGCCUGUUGUCUCGUACCUGUUGGAGGUUUCGGAGAGGGUGGAAUAUUCUUGAGGUAGUCGUGUCCACCGCCCUCUUCCGCUAAUUUAUGUCACGGAUUACGGGGCUUAGAUUCCUAAAGAGUAUGCAUCCA